AGUAUUAUGACGCGUUGAACAAGACAGGGGUUGUUUCGAUAAUUCGCAAUUUUCUUUCUCUGCACGCCACACGGCCACCUCUCUCAUUUUCUCUCUCUUCCUAAAACCCCUUCCUCUUUUGUCCUACCGCCAUUACAAUUCAUAGCUCUCAUUUCAACUUCCCCCCCCCCCCCCCCCCGCCUUGAAAUCUAAAGCGAAAAACCGAAUUUGGAGAUGUUGGUGAGUAGAAUUUCAUCUCGGUUCCGGAGAGCCAUAUUAAAUCAGUGCCGCAGCUCGGUGCUCCUUUAUUCUCGAGAACAGCAACGGCAACAGCACGUUCCCGUUCUUGCAUUUCAGUUCCACUCACUUCGUGAUUUUAAAGAAAAGGUAUCUCUAUUCCAUGAAUCUGCCUUGCAACGUUUUGGAAUUUCAUCAUCUGCAUCUCCCCAACCUAAUGAAAAAGAGUCAUCUCAGUCCCAAAGUGAACCAGGAAGCACAAAAGAGAAUGGAGAUUGUGAAGCUUCAGUUUCUGCUGAUUCUCACGUUCAAGAUGAGAAGGAUGAAUCAGAUACAGAGGACCUUUCUAGGGAUGACUUGGUGAAACUUGUGGCUGAGAAGGAAGAACUCCUAAAGAUGAAAGAUGGUGAGUUUCAGAAAAUGCAGGACAAAGUUCUUCGCACUUAUGCAGAGAUGGAGAAUGUCAUGAACAGAACUAAACGGGAAGCAGAAAACUCCAAGAAGUUUGCCAUUCAAAAUUUCGUGAAAGCGCUUCUAGACGUUUCUGAUAAUUUGGGCCGGGCUUCUUCUGUUGUAAAAGAGAGCUUCUCCAAAAUUGAUGAAUCUAAGGAUACUGCAGGAGCUGUGCCACUUCUGAAAACACUUCUGGAAGGUGUUGAAAUGACUGAUAAACAGCUUGCCGAGGUAUUCAAAAAAUUUGGUGUCGGAAAGUAUGAUCCUACAAAUGAACAAUUUGAUCCAAAUAAGCAUAAUGCAAUAUUCCAAGUACCUGAUCCUAAGAAGGCUCCCGGCGUGGUAGCAGUCUGUCUUAAGUCGGGGUACACCUUGCAUGAACGAAUCAUUCGGCCAGCUGAAGUUGGUGUGACAGUAGCAGUGGAGAGUACACAGGCGGAUCAAAACACUGAAGCUUAAACAGGUGGGUCACAAGCCAAGGUUUUGGAGCUGGAAAAUCUGUAACAAGGUGAAAUCGGGAGAACAAUUUUUGCCCUCAAGAUUGAAAAGGAAUCGAGUUCUAGAUCCUCCAGUGGAAGCUGUGUGGGUCACACAGAUCUUAAGUUAUAAGUAGUUUCUUUUAUUAUUUUCUAUAUUUGUUUUUGCUAAGUUUAUUCUAGUGUCAUGUUAUCAGAGUGGUCGAAAUGAUGACGUUAUUCUUUGGUUAAUAAUGACGGCCCUAUUGCGCUGUCCAAAACUAGAGUGGUAUUAUACUGUGGGAACCCCAUACGAGGAGUGAGCAUAUCUUUUUCCAGGAAAUUACAAUUUGAGCAUUAAACCGAGUAGAGUAAUUAAUGUCUAUUUUCACUGGACUUGUCCUUUGGAGUCAAAA